AUGGAGGAAGGUGCCCAGGCCCCAGACUGGGACAGUGAUGAAACGGUGAUAGAGGGGUCGGUGAUGGAGAGUGACCUGGAAGAAGAGGAGCUGCCCUGGAGAAGGUUGCUCCUUGAUCAAGACACAUCUCUUAGAUCUGAAUUCAGCCUCCAUCCUGGUAUAAGUGGAACAUGCGAAGGCACACGUUCUCCUGAGAUUCAACUUAGGUUCAAACUCAGAGAGGAUCCACAAAAGCAAUUAAGUGAAAAUAAGAUGAUGCCUGUUCUUCGUGAGGAUGCAGUCUUACAGCAAUCUCAAGAUGAAGUGGAACAAAAAAAUCAAGCGUUGUUACAGACCCAAGCUGAACUUUCACUGCAACACCAAAGCAUUCAAGGACCUAAGGCUGAAAAUCCUGAAGUUUUUCCACACCCAGAAAAGGACACACAGGAACUAAGUGCAGACAGAGACGCUCCUGAAAUUAGCCUUCUCUCGGGUUCUGCCAUUGAAGUAUCUCAUAUGGUUGCUGUAAAGGAGAAAUUGUUAAUAGAGCCACAGAAGAUAUUAGCAGCACCAAGUACAUUUUCUGAGUCUGAAAAGGAAGUCACGUUGACUAUGACUUCCGAAGAAACCAAGGAUGAAGAAAGCUCUCUUGAAACUUUUGUGUCUGCCUUAGAAAAGUUACUAACACCACCAGAAAUCAGCCAAGAAGAAGGAGUGUUUGAAAUAAUGACUGAUUUUGAACCUAGAGGGUUUAUGAACCCAUUGAGCAACUCUCCAAAUUCCAUAUCAACACCUUUGACAUACCACAACGACUUACUAGAAAACACAAAGGAUGAUGCAUUGCCAGCUGAGUUGUUAGCAGCCCUAAACACAUUGUCAGAAGCCAACGUGGGACCCUUCUGUCAUGGAAGAGAGAGAGGCAGCAUUCUCAGUGCUGGAAAUGAAUGUUUAGGAAUAAAGCCUAACAUGUCUCAGACUGAUGAAGAUUGUACACAAAACACAGAGGUGAAUUUUGAGUCUCUUUGUUCUACUCCACCAUUUGAACAAGAUUCCAAAUUAGCUGAUCUGCAGGACAAGUAUCUUUCAGUGCAGCAAACUCUAGAAGACCCAAAUCCAUUUGGAUUGCAGACUUUGGUUCAUCAAAAUGCCAUUUCUUGUGAUCCACUAAAUAAUAAAGGAAAUUCAAAUCCAGUGGAAAAUAGCUCAAACCAGGACACUCCAUGUGUGUUAAGAAGAUCAUCCAGAAUAAAAGCAGGCAGCAACACAGAUAACAUAUAUAAUAUGGCAGAAAAGAUUUUACCAAAAAUACGUGGCUGUGAGAAUCAAACAAAUAAUAACUCUUCAACUGAGAAUUUCAGAGUGCAGGAUCCUGCUUUAAUGAUUAAAGGUAAAAGUAAGAAUGUGCAUUCAUCCAGACUCAAGAGUGGAGAACAGAUGCGGGAAAACAGAAAACUUGCAAGAAAAAAUGAAAAAAUGAAGAUGAAUAAUAUAUCUCUUUCUGUUAUUAACCGGAGAAACAUUUUUGGAGAGAACUUACUGUAUAAGGCUGCUGUGUGGAAUGAUAUGGAUCUUGUUCAUCUCUGUAUUAAAAAAGGUGGAAAUGUUAACCAACCAAGUUAUGCUGGUUGGACAGCACUUCAUGAAGCUAGUGUAGGAGGAUUUUAUGAGACAGCAAGUGAACUGGUAAAAGGUGGAGCGGAUGUAAAUAUCAAAGGAAUGUACCAGAUCACUCCCCUACAUGAUGCUGUGCUGAAUAAACAUUAUAAGGUGGCAGAGUUACUUCUUUCGAAUGGAGCUGAUCCAUUAUUUAGAAGUGACGAGGGAAAGUGUGCUUUGGAUGAGGCCAAAGAUGCAUAUAUGAAGCGUCUUCUUGAGAGAUACAUUCCUAAACAUCAAAAACAUCUUACUUCAGUUCAAAAGAAUAGCAGUGACCCAUUAGACACAGAGGAUGCACACCAGCACAAGAAACCAAAAUUCAAUUCUAAAAAUUGUGUUGGGUUUGUUUAUGAUGAAAAUUUCAACGGACAGAAGCCAGAACAUGUAACGGUUGAUAAAAUAAGCAAAGAGGGUUUAUUUAUGAAGAAAGAAGAUAUAUAUGAACGUUACCAAAAAGAUUCCACAAACACAAAAUUUGGUAAAUUCAAGCAUAAGCGAUCAAUUCUUAACCAAAUAUAUUCUACAGGACUCAGAAAGGACAAUCUUCAUAAUGUCAAAAAUCCAAGCACAAAUGUGUCUAAAUAUAAAGGAAGAAGAAACAUACCACAUAAAAGGACUGAAGUGGAUAAUGCAAUCCAAGAAAGCAAUCCAAGAAAGACAAGAGCUGUCUCUUCUUCCAGAAGAAUAAACAGAUUAGUUACUCAUCAGCAACAUAUUCUCCAAACCCUAGACGACCUCCCAGAAGAAUCCCCUAAACCUUUUAGCCCAGGUCUGUCAAGCCUGAAAAAUGGAUUAUGUAACAGUAUUGAGGCUUGUUUAGUUCCCCAAAAGGCAUAUACACAGAGCCCGGGUUUAUCAGAUAAUCAAGAAAUAAAAUUCUUGGAAUUAGAACCCAUUGACCACGCUAAAGCUGUUUCUUUCUCAGGACCUUCUUUACAUACAGAAAUCAAGUUACCGGUUGUUACUACAGAUCAGCAGCCUCAUACUCACCAAGAACUACAGAACAUUAGCCCUUAUAAAUCUCAUGAAAACAGUAACUCUAGUGAAAAAACAGAGAGCCUUAAUAAGUGGGAAAAUUUUAAUGAUGAUGAUCAUAGUGAUUGCUGUAUCUCUGAGACGACAGUAACAUCUAAAAAGGUGAUAAGUUCUACAGGUUGCAAAAACCGCUGUAAUUAUAAAGAGAACAUAACAAUUAGAGAGGAAAUGGAUUUUCAACAAUUUUCACCUCCUGAAGACCAUUUUUCACAGGAGGAUAAAUCAAAAUCAGGCAGCCUAAGCAUUCUUCCACAACAGGAAGCUAAUUUUUCUGAUUCAGAUAAUACAGCAGUUUCUGAAUCACAUGUUGCAAAUUAUGAACAAUGUGUGUAUGGAACUUUGGAUCACCCACAUGACAAUCCUGAGCAUAUUUCCCUGGCUUGUACAGGAACACUUUCGACACAUGAAGUUUCCAAGUUUACUAGUCAUGUGGAACAAUCCAAAAGGCCUCAGGAUUGUAGCCCCAGAGCACCAACUCCUUUAAUGAAUCAAACAGUUACACAUAUUGUGGGAAAGGUGAAUAAGAAAGAAGGCACUAAAAGGAAUUACGCUGACAAAGGCCAAAAACCAAGUUCUUCAAAUAGGUCUUUAUCCACAGUUAUUCAUUCUCAAGUAAUAGAAACAACUGAAGUUGAAAAAAGGAGACAAGGCCUUCCAGAGAGUGAAAUCAUACAUAAUACAGGUUUUUAUUCCACUGACAAUAUGAAUAACGAAUUGACCAACAUCUCACAACUUAGUCAAAAAGAAGAGAAGGAAAUUUCUCACCAACCAGAUGAGGAAUUAACUAAUAAUAUUAACGGAGAUGAAAACACUAUAAGAAAUUGUGAGGAGGAAAAAGGAAAAACAGAUUCAGAAAUCCAUAUACCUACUAACAUCCAAGAACACAAAGUUCAUAAUUUCAGGAAAAGACAAAAUUUCUUGAAAGCUGCCUGCAGCAAAGAAAUGAAAACAUCUGGGAUCAAUAAGAGGAAUGCCAGAGGGAAAAGCCGGCUUCAUUUGGCUGCCAGAAGAGGAAAUUUGUUUCUGGUGAAAACUCUAAUAGAAUCUGGAGCAGAUGUGAAUCUAAAAGAUAAUGCAGGUUGGACACCACUACAUGAGGCAUCUAGUGAGGGAUCUGAUGAUAUAAUUGUAGAGUUGUUAAAAGCUGGUGCGAAAGUUAAUUGUGAAAAUCUAGAUGGAAUUCUACCCUUACAUGAUGCCGUUGCAAACAAUCAUUUAAAGGCAGCUGAGAUUCUACUACAACAUGGAGCAAACCCUAAUCAAAAAAAUCGAAAACAGAAGACUGCUUUAGAUGAAGCAGAUGAUGAAAAAAUGAAAGCGCUGCUGAAAUCUUACGGUGCUAUUGAGAGUGGUAAUAGAGAUGACAGUAACACUGUGCUCGCUGUAAAAGUUUCCACUGUCCAGUCCAAAAGACAGUGUUUUUGUGAUGACUGCAAAACUGUUGAGCCACCUUCUCUUUCAUACCAAGAAAACACAAGAGAAAGCCUUCUUGUGCAUCAGACCAUCAGUGCCAUUCUACAAGAUACAGAAGAAAAACAAGAAAAUUUAUUGGAGUUUGAAAUAAGAACCCCUGAAGAUGCAGAACAAUACAUCGAAAAGAUGUUAGAAAUAAAAGAGGUUAUGGAUAAUGUGCUUGCCAAACAGAAGGCAGAAAGGGAUGAUCUGGCUAAAAAAUACAGGGUGUCUGUAGAGUCAUUUAAGCAUGGUGUCCUGAGAGAACAACUGGCUAACUUGGCCACAAGACAGAAGAGCCUUUUAGUUGCGGCAAAAAAACAGAAAAAAAUAAGCCAGAAAAUUCAAAACUAUAAGAAUGUUACAUCUUUGUCUGGUCUUAGUUUGAGGAAUCUGCCAUCCAGCUCACAGAUCUCUAGUGAAAAGGACAGCCAAGAGUUUACCAGACUGGAAAAAUCAGUGCAGCCCCAAUCAGGUUCUGUUAGCAUUGUUUGUGAAAGCACACAGGAAACACAGUUGUCUCUGGAAACAUGGAACAACAGCCAAAAUACCAUCACUUGUCUAAAUUCAGAGACAGCGAGAAGGGAAGAAUUUUCUGGAAAUGAGCUGAAUUCUAAACAAAAUGUCAAUGACUGUAACAUGGAUGGGUCAUCAAAAUCCAGACCUUCAGAUGGCACUAAGAUGAUUAAAUUACCACCCCAGCCUGUUGCUUUUAUUGCUGAAGCAGAAUAUUCACAAAAAGAAAAUGAUCUUACAGAAACUACAACCAGAGGGCAUGAAUCCUAUAGUCCUUCAGCACUAACUGGCACAAAUAUUUCAGAAACCACAAGUGUACUUGCCCAAAAUAAUGUCCAUCUAUCAGCUGUUAUUUGUGGUCAGGCUGUUUCCAGUUAUGAUCCAAAAAGAGGAAACAGGAAAACAGCUUCCCAGCAACCACCUAGGGGCGCAUCAGAAACCCUGACACAGCAAGGGAUUAAUGACUUUGGCCGUGAUACUGGGCAUCAGAUGAAACCAUAUCUUAAAAAAUCAGCUUUUGCUGCUCCACGCGCAAAUGACAGUCAGAGCACCUCCUCCUCUGGGUCUGGCCGUCAACAUACUACAAGAAAGUGUUUAAAUUACAGCACAGCUUCUAAAAAGAAAUGCAUGCAGAUAAAGGAUCUGAUAGCACUAGGAAGAAUUAACCCAGGAAAUAAUAUUUUGGAAUUCAAAACACAGGAGACUACCCAUAAAGCCAGUGUCUUACUGAAUGGAAAAAUUAAGGUAGAAAAUGGUCAGAUUUAUCAAAAUCCAGUCACUUGGCUCAAGGAUCUUCUAGGAGGCGACAGUUAUGUGACCUGGAAUUAUGCUUGGAGUAAGGUAACAUAUCUGGGGAAGGAGCUUUUAAAGUAUGUUUCUGAAGAAGUACCCAUACCUCCAGAAUCCAAUUUGGUACCUCAGCAACAUCCAUCCUGUCUUCCAGGAACUUCCAGAGAGUCAAUGCAGAGCAUCCCACAUUAUCUACAAAUAAAUGAAAUACUAUUAGUCAGCAAUCAAGAAUUUCUCCCAUGCCAUAUAAUGGAUCAGCAUUGGAAGUUCUAUGUGGAAUGUGAGGAGCUAACGUUCUAA